UGUAACGAAUUUAAAACAACUACAACAACAAGGAAUCAAGCUGCUAGCAGCAACAACUACAACARCAACAAUAUCAAUUGAACCUUCUACUUGAGCAGGCUUCACGCAUAUAAAUGCCAAGAUAAGUCGUUAUACUAUCAACACCGCCAUCAACAUAACACAGCAACUGCAACAUCACCAACAACACGAACAACAGCAACAACAACAGCAACAACAACAGCAACAGCUCAAGGAAGUGCCCAGCAUACCGUUAAGGAGUCAGAGCCGUGGUCGUGCAUUACGUGGCACAAAGGAUUGCAAGACGCCAAACUCAACGGCAAAAGUCGCCAACAUAACACAUAAAAUAUUUGGCUGGCUACGCAAGACGCGCACCAAGAAACCAGUCGCAAUUCUCGGCAGCGGCGGCAGCAGCAGCGGCACCACCACUGAUUUCGAGGACGAGGACGAAGACGAGGGCGACGCGGGCGUGGGCGAGGGCGUGGGUGUGCGUGGGGGCGUGGCGAGGCGUGCGACCGGCACUGCAGCCGAAAAUAUAUCUCAAUUGUCAAACGUUGGAAUCAAAGCCGGCAAGCUGAAUACCACACAGUCAGCCACGGAGACCGCCGCCAUCGAUACAAACGAACCCAAAUCUGAAAAGAUGUCAUCGGGCACGUUUGUGGAUCGAAUCGACCCGUUCGCCAAACGUUCGCUCAAAAAGAAGAGUAAAAAAAGUCAAGGUUCCUCGCGCUACAGAAACUCUCAGGAUGUUGAGCUACAGCAAUUGCCGCCACUAAAAGCUGAUUGCUCGAGCCUCGAACAGGAGGAGCUGUUUAUACGGAAAUUACGUCAGUGCUGCGUAUCAUUUGACUUUAUGGAUCCUGUGACGGACUUGAAGGGCAAGGAAAUCAAACGUGCUGCUCUCAAUGAUCUAUCCACCUAUAUAACACAUGGUCGCGGCGUGCUUACGGAGCCGGUCUAUCCCGAAAUAAUACGCAUGAUCUCUUGCAAUUUAUUUCGAACAUUGCCGCCUAGUGAAAAUCCGGAUUUCGAUCCAGAGGAGGAUGAUCCAACACUGGAGGCGUCUUGGCCCCAUUUGCAGCUGGUAUACGAGGUGUUCUUGCGCUUCUUGGAAUCCCAAGAUUUUCAGGCGACCAUUGGCAAACGUGUGAUCGAUCAAAAGUUUGUGCUGCAGUUAUUGGAGCUGUUCGAUUCGGAGGAUCCGCGAGAGCGGGACUUUCUGAAGACGGUCUUGCAUCGCAUCUAUGGAAAAUUCUUAGGCUUACGCGCUUUUAUACGAAAACAGAUCAAUAACAUAUUCUUGAAAUUCAUCUAUGAGACGGAGCACUUCAAUGGCGUUGGUGAACUGCUCGAGAUUCUUGGCAGCAUCAUCAACGGCUUUGCCUUGCCAUUGAAGGCAGAACACAAACAAUUUUUGGUUAAGGUCCUGUUGCCGUUGCACAAAGUCAAGUGUUUGUCGCUCUAUCAUGCACAGCUGGCGUAUUGCAUUGUACAAUUCCUAGAGAAGGAUCCAUUCCUCACCGAGCCGGUGGUGCGUGGCCUGCUCAAAUUUUGGCCCAAGACAUGCUCCCAGAAGGAGGUGAUGUUCCUGGGUGAAAUUGAGGAGAUCUUGGAUGUGAUCGAUCCGCCACAGUUUGUCAAAAUACAGGAGCCGCUGUUCCGUCAGAUAGCCAAAUGCGUUUCAAGUCCACAUUUUCAAGUUGCUGAACGUGCUCUAUAUCUGUGGAAUAACGAAUAUGCCAUGUCGCUUAUUGAGGAGAACAAUCCUGUCAUAAUGCCCAUCAUGUUCCCGGCGCUCUAUCGCAUCAGCAAGGAGCAUUGGAAUCAAACGAUUGUUGCGCUAGUUUACAAUGUAUUGAAAACGUUUAUGGAAAUGAAUUCAAAGCUAUUCGAUGAGCUAACAUCCAGCUACAAGGCGGAAAGGCAAAAGGAAAAGAAACGUGAACGCGAUCGUGAGGAGCUGUGGAAGAAGCUGCACGAACUCGAAUCAAAUCGUUCCAGCGGGCGCGCCGCAGGCGGCAGCGCUGCAACAGCGAACAGCGCAACGUCCGCCGCGGCGGCGUCAGCUGCUGCUGCGUCGACGUCGGGUUCGUCAUCAAACACAGCCAACUCUCAUCAGCAACAGUCGAAUAGCAGCAACAGCGUUGCCGCUGACAAUAAUCCUGCGACAGCCAAUGCAAAAAAUAAAUCAGAGAAGCCAGACAAUUAAGCAGAAGCAACGCGAAGCGCGCUGGGAACGAAAUGAUGAACAACAGCAACAGCAGCAACAACCACAACAACAA